UUUGACUUUGGUUGAAAAAAGGACUUAGCCUAUAUGUACUUCUUGAACCACUGGAAGAAUGACAGAUGACAAAGAUGUGCUUCGAGAUGUGUGGUUUGGACGAAUUCCAACUUGCUUCACGCUGUAUCAAGAUGAGAUAACUGAAAGGGAAGCAGAACCAUAUUAUUUGCUUUUGCCAAGAGUAAGUUAUUUGACGUUGGUAACUGACAAAGUGAAAAAGCACUUUCAGAAGGUUAUGAGACAAGAAGACAUUAGUGAGAUAUGGUUUGAAUAUGAAGGCACACCACUGAAAUGGCAUUAUCCAAUUGGUUUGCUAUUUGAUCUUCUUGCAUCAAGUUCAGCUCUUCCUUGGAACAUCACAGUACAUUUUAAGAGUUUUCCGGAAAAGGACCUUCUGCACUGUCCAUCUAAAGAUGCAAUUGAAGCUCAUUUUAUGUCAUGUGUGAAAGAAGCUGAUGCUUUAAAGCAUAAAAGUCAAGUCAUCAAUGAAAUGCAGAAAAAAGAUCACAAGCAACUCUGGAUGGGAUUUCAAAAUGAUAGAUUUGACCAGUUUUGGGCCAUCAAUAGGAAACUCAUGGAAUAUCCUGCCGAAGAAAAUGGAUUUCGUUACAUCCCUUUUAGAAUAUAUCAGACAACAACGGAGCGACCUUUCAUUCAGAAGCUGUUUCGUCCUGUGACUACAGAUGGACAGUUACACACACUAGGAGAUCUCCUCAAAGAAGUUUGUCCUUCAGCAGUUGCUCCUGAAGAUGGGGUAAAGAAGACUCAAGUAAUGAUUCAUGGAAUUGAGCCAAUGCUGGAAACACCUCUGCAGUGGUUAAGUGAACAUCUGAGCUACCCAGAUAACUUUCUUCAUAUCAGUAUCAUCCCACAACCAACAGAUUGAAGGAUCAGCUAUUUGCCUGAAUAGAUUCACCCUGAAACAGGAUUAUUGGAGCAUGUCACCUUUCUGCUUCAGUCAGGUUUGGUGAAGGCAACCUGACCAGAAACACUUAGCUGCUGCAAGCCAAACAGGAGAAAGAUUCCAUAUCAGAUAAGGCCCAUUGGGCUGAUCUGACUUUGCCUCACCACGGCUUCCCUCCCUCCACUGGCAUCAUUAAACCUCAGCUGCGACCUGAAAGACUUCAUAGGACCACUGCAAGUCUUCUCUUCUUUUGUAAGGUAGAAUGAAGCUGAAACCUCUGGCCUAAGAAGAAAUUGGAAAUAGGUGCCACUCAAUUUGUAUUUCUGAUUAACAAACAAACAAGGGUAUUUCCUUAGGUGACCAUGGUUGAACUUUAGCUCAAGGGAGUGGAAACAUUGGUUGAAUUUUCAAGAGAACUAGACUUAAGAAAGUAAAAGAGAAAUUCUGUUAUCAAACUUGCAGUAAUUUUUUUGUAAAAGAUCAAAUUACAGUAAACCCAUCUUUCCUUAAUGAAAAUUUCCUAUGUUUACAGUCUGUCUAUUGGUAUGCAAACAAUCUUGUAACUUUGAUAAUGAACAGUGAGAGAUUUUUAAAUAAAGCCUCUAAAUAUGUUUUGUCAUUUAAUAACA